AUGCUGCCCUGGCUUCUUGUCUUCUCUGCUCUGAGUCUUCAGGUCUGGGGUGCUCCCGCCAUGGUCUCCCGCAGUACAUGGGGAUCAAGACCACUCAGCUGCAGGGCUCGGCUGAGCCCACCUGUGCCCUAUCUCAUCACGGAGCAGCUCACAGGAAUGGAGUGCCAGGAGCAGAGCGUCUGCAGCCAGCUGCUAAGGGGUCUGCAGUCUCAUUCUGUCCACGCCAAAGGCUGGUGUGACUUGGCCUUCAACUUCCUGGUCGGGGAUGACGGCAGGGUGUAUGAAGGCGUCGGCUGGGAUGUCCACGGCCUGCACACCCAGGGCUACAACAACGUCUCCCUGGGCAUCGCCUUCUUUGGCAGUAGGAUAGGCAGCAGUCCCAGCCCAGCUGCCUUAUCAGCUGCAGAGGACCUGAUCUCCUCUGCCAUCCAGAACGGUCACCUGUCACCCAGGUAUAUUCAGCCGCAUCUCUUGAAAGAAGAGAUCUGCUUGGGCUCUCAACAUCCAGUGAUACCCAGUAAAGCUUGCCCCAACAUCAUCCCCCGGUCUGCCUGGGAAGCCCGAGAGACGCACUGCCCUCCAAUGAGCCUCCCCGCCAAGUACGCCGUCAUCAUCCACACCGCCGGGGUGGGCUGCAAUGUCUCCACGGACUGCCUGCUUCGCAUCAGGGGGAUACAGUCCUUUCACAUGGACAGACGAGAUUUUUGUGACAUCGGAUAUCACUUCCUGAUAGGCCAAGAUGGCGGCGUGUAUGAAGGGCUUGGCUGGUCUAGCCAAGGCUCGCACACCUACGGGUACAAUGACAUCGCACUGGGAAUUGCCUUCAUGGGCAACUUUGUGGAAAAGCCUCCAAAUGCAGCUGCGCUGGAGGCGGCCCAGGACCUGAUCCAGUGUGCUGUGGCCAAGGGGUACCUGGCCCCCAACUACCUGCUGCUGGGCCAUAGUGAUGUGGUCGACACUCUGUCCCCUGGACAGGCUUUGUACAGCAUCAUCAGGACGUGGCCUCACUUCAAACACUGAGGGCAACUCCCGCUCCCUCCGGGGCUGCUCUCCUUCCCGCUGGGUCUCUGUCCUCGCCUCCCACUUGGCCUCAUCACCUGUGUCCU